CUUUAUUUGUCUUUUGCAUUUCCAACAAAAUGACUGAAAUACGGCCUUUGAUUCGUGAAAUGAAAAGCCCUAGCUAGCUCUGAAGUUAAAUGGAAGCCUCAGCCGCUGAAUGUUUAGAGAGAACCUGCAUUGUUUUGUUCUGUAUUUAGCUAAAAGGGAUAGUAUUGUUAGCAAGUUUAGAUUUCUUAGUACUCAUAGCUUUCUGCUUUCAAAUUUCCGAAAAUGGUUGGAAAUACAUUAUUCAAGAUUCCAACGUGCCCGUCUUUGUCAUCUUCAACUUUGACCACCAUCCCACAUUCUUCUCGGAGAGUUUUGCCGUUUGUUUCACCUAAACCAAGAAUGAGGCCGGCAAAAGUUAGAGUUAUGUCUGCCAGUACUGAGCAUAACCCACCGCCACUUUCUUCAGAGGAAAAGAAUCCACUUGCUGCUGUUUUAGAUAUUCCUCAGAAUAUUUGGAGACAAACUUUACGUCCACUGAGUGAUUUUGGGUUUGGUCGUAGAAGCAUUUGGGAAGGUGGGGUUGGGUUGUUUUUUGUGUCGGGUACUGUGCUUCUUGCGCUUAGUCUGGCUUGGUUGAGAGGGUUUCAGAUUCGUUCUAAAUUCCGAAAGUACCUAGCAGUGUUUGAAUUUGCUCAGGCAUCAGGUAUUAGUACUGGAACACCUGUUAGGAUUAGAGGGGUGACUGUAGGCAAUGUUGUACGUGUUAAUCCCUCCCUGAAAAGUAUAGAAGCAGUUGUUGAGGUUGAAGAUGAUAAGAUUAUUAUACCUCGAAAUUCACUGAUUGAGGUCAACCAAUCUGGUCUUCUGAUGGAAACUUUGAUUGACAUCACACCAAGGGAUCCAAUUCCGUCACCUUCAGUUGGACCUCUCAAUGCUGACUGCAUUAAGGAAGGCUUAAUUGUAUGUGAUAGGCAAAAGAUAAAGGGGGAACAAGGGGUAAGCCUGGAUGCAUUGGUAGGGAUUGUCACCCGUCUUGCUCGUCAAAUGGAGGAAAUCGGUAUUGUCAACAUCUAUGAACUUGCUGAGCGAGUUGCUGCUGUUAUUCAGGAUGCAAAGCCCCUGCUCACAAAGAUUGAAGCCAUGGCCGAAGAUGUGCAACCUUUGUUGGCUGAGCUUCAUGAUAGUGGUCUGCUUAAGGAGGUUGAGAAUUUGACCAGAAGCCUAACCCAAGCCUCUGAGGAUUUGAGAAGGGUGCAUUCAUCCAUUAUGACCCCUGAGAAUACUGAAUUGAUUCAAAAAUCAAUUUAUACUCUAAUUUUCACUUUGAAGAAUAUCGAGAAUAUAAGUUCUGAUAUACUGGGAUUCACGGGUGAUGAGUCUACAAGAAAGAAUCUAAAAUCACUUAUCAAGUCGCUUAGCAGGAUGUUGUGAUUGUGAAGACAAGUGAAAAGAAUACAUAAUAAUUGAUUACAGAGUCCAAACUCAAAACUGGUUUGUCUUUUCCAUUGUUAUAAAGGGGGGAGAUAUUGAAGUGAAGCUUUUUGUUUGUACUCUUUUUGUUCUAUUGCAGUUGGAAAAUCUUGAUGCCUGAGUUAUUUGUUGCACACAGAUCACAAGUAUAAAUGCGAAUUAAAUAUUUUUUCGGUUGUUAAUUAGUGGUUGCACACUGUUGCUGUGAUGGAAUAAAAGUAGAAAACAUUCUGGAGGCAA